AAUUUAACUACAAUGGCACAAUCCUCCUCUUCCUUGUUACCAACAGCUCAAGAACUUUCUUGUAUUUUUCAAGAACUAGUUGAGAAGUAUAAGGAUACAAUCAGUUUCAGUCUUUGUAAAAUGGCAGUAUUACAAACCUAG